AAAAGAUAACCUGAGGUCAAGCGAAACACCGCGCGUGGCCGAAGCCUGUAAAAGCAUGCACACUAUAGGGUACCGAAGUGAAUACGUAACGCACACAAUUACUGUGUUAAAGGCAUGAGCGCGAGAACCAGCGCGUGAACCACUUUCUGGUUCACAGUGACGUCACACUUCGGUACUAUAUUAGAGAUCUCCCUAAAUGCGCGUCCGCGUCGUGUGGAGAGCGUUUAAACACGCAGACGCAGAACUUACAAGAAAAAGAACAGGCACAAAACAAAGGAGAAUAUUCCUCAAACGACCAGCGGAUUUACAACAGACGGGACGUACCUCGGCCCUCCAGAACGCUAUUUUAGAGCACAAAGAAAUUUAUUUUCAACAGGAAAAAAUUAUUUGAUUGCCAAGGGGUCAAUAAAAGAAAUCCAUAUAACGGCAGUAUUCAUAGCAUGAUAAUUUCCUUGACUUUGCUCCUGGGAUAUUUGUCUUCUAGUCUGAAGACUGCAAAAGAAGAAAUGGAAUCCACUUCAGACGAGGCAGAAAGCAAGCUCGUGAGUUCCCUUCAUACGACGCUGAAACACGGUCGUUUUCCUGCCUUCAUCAGAGACAAGCUAGACUACUUUAGGACAAACAGCUCCAUCCUGGCUGUCUAUCGCCGCCGUCUUCAUGAAGCAGAAGAAAAAAUUACCGCUUUGACCAGCCAGUACAAGGUUUUGAAUCAUGAAAGAGAGGAUAACGCUCAGAAAAGACAGGAGAUGAGCAAAGCAUUUGAAGAGCAAAUGAAUGAAUUGAUCGCCAAGCAUAAAGCACAAGUCAAAGAGAUGCAAGAUAAAAGCAACCUAGUUGCAAAAAAUAUGGAUAAGCUCCUCAAGGAUCACAUCUCACUAAAACAAGUCAGGGAACAGAUCGCUAACCAGGUCAAAGAAAACGAAGCCAAGAUGGAACUCCAGGAAAACACGAAUGGAGUCCUGGCUAAAAGGCUUCACCUUGCUGAGAAGAGUAGAGCUGAAAUCCUGAAAAAAUUGGAAGAGUUUGAGGGCAGAUACGCAGAAAACAUGGCAAGGUUUCAGAGAAAAUACAAGAACCAGGAGAUGACAUAUCAAGCAAAGUUGGCAGAGCAAGAGGCAAAGUUUGAAGCGAAAUAUUCAGAGCAGCAAAAGUUGUUUGACAUCCAGAUAAAAGAAAAAAAGGAUUUGUAUGAAAACAAACACCAGAAGCAGGAGUCAACAUUUGAAAGCAGAUUCAAAGAUCAACAGGUAAACUUCGACGAACGAUACAACAAGCAGAAGCAGGUGUUCGACGCAAAGUACAAGGAGCAACACGAGAUGUUCGACAAGAAGUGUAAGCAGCAGGAGGCAACGUUUAACGCAGCAUUUAAAGCCCAGGAGAUCACGUUUGAAAAUAAAGUCAGCGAGCAAAAGGCCAAGUUUGACGCCAAAUUCAGACAACAGGAAGUGCAUUUUGCGGCACGGCUACAGAAUGAGAAGCAUAAGUGUGAAGAGCUGAAGGAACGAAACGAUGCUUUGGCAGACAGGUUGAAAUACACAGAGGCUGCUCUGCUCAAGUCAAGACAGGUUAAAGUGAACCAGGAGUAUGAGUUUACUGACACGGUGAGCAGUCUCGUUCCUAAGGAGGCAUUUCUGACAGUGCAAGAGCAGUGCCAACUCUACAAGAAAACUGUGUCAGUUCUGGCCGCUACCGUGCUGAUACUUUUGGGCAUUGUAUUUGUGGGGUGGAGGUUUCUCUUUAAUUAAAGCCGAUGGAAGGGUCGAAAUUAUGAGGCAGGUGUAUUUCUGUGGGGGCUGUCAGCCAAUUAUUGGGGGCCAAAAAUAUUCACAAAUUAAAGACGUUCAUACUAAAGAAGGCUCCCAAAAUGAAACACUAUAUAACAAUUGUGGAAAUAAAGGAUAGACGUGUUCCUGCUUUGUGGGCUUGUGGUUUGCUAAUUGUGCAAUGGAUUUGGGGGUCAAGUUUAGUUACAGGAGAUUUGUUAUUAUGAUUUCAGAAAGUAAUUGUGCAAGCUUGUAAAGACAACCUGUCGAACAGUGAAUAUCUUGAAAACGCAAGCUGUAACAGAAGAAAUUUCAAGGAACACUCGAAAAAUGAGAUUCAUUGACGUAGCGGUGGUGUUUGUGGCAUCGGAGGUUAAACCUGAUAAGAGUCUCUUAAUAAUUGGUGUCAGUUUACACGUUCAAAGAUUUCAAGGAGAGAGGCAUCUCAGUCAGUUCGAAGCAAUCACGAAGAAAGUUGCUGUAAACUGUUGAAACAACCAUUUCUUUAAACGAGAAUUCAGUCAGCGUGAAAAACAAUACACAUUAAUAAAACAAUUACAAAUCCAGAACAAAACUGUGGGUCUUCAGAAACACGAACGACCAGGAUACUUUGAAAACAAUGUUAUGUAAAAUGAUAGUUGUGCAACCAUGGAAAUAUGAAAUGAACUGGUUCAAUUCAUUCAAAUUUAAUUAGUUAAUCAUUUAAAAUGAUAACUUCAUCAUGUCCAGAAAGACCCAUGUGAAAGAAUAUCUGAAUAAAAAAGAAUCAUGAGAAAAAUA